CAUCGCAGAUUAUGGGGAUCAACGGCGAGGAGUGGGAGGAGACGGUACUGGGCGACGGCGUUGGGAGGCGGAAGGGUGGUGCUGAGGCUUCCGGUUUGGUCGCAUCCUCCUCCUUUGCUGAGGGGAUGGGGGAAUUCGUGCUGAGGUCUAUGGACGCCAGGUUCUCCGGAUCGGUCGACGACGAUGAAUAUGUCUCGUCUCGGCAGCCAGAGCUAGAAGUGUGCUCCUUCAUUUGAAAAAGCAAGUUAAUGAACACUAUGCCAUCUGUAUUUGGCCAUAGUAAAUCGACAGCUACUACUUCUGGUACCAUUAAAGGGCAAGAUAACGUUUUUGUAAGGUCAUACUCUGAUAGGUUGCUGAAGUGUGACCUCACUUUGGAUAUGCUAUCAGAAAAUGAGAAGAUAAAGAUAACCGAGAGAUUGGUAAAGAUCCAGAAUGAUGGUACAGUGGAGGUAGAUGUGACGCGCAGUGCUCUUGUUGCCUCAGAACUCUCGGAGAUUGAUGCUUUUGGUUGUGUACCACACGAUAUUGAAGAAGUUACACCUGGAAUCACCAAAUCAGUCCCAAAGCUGAAGAUUGCUAUACUUGUAGUUGGAACCCGAGGGGAUGUACAGCCUUUUAUAGCAUUAGCUAAACGACUGCAGGAAUUCGGUCAUUAUGUUAGAUUGGCAACUCAUGUCAAUUUUCGUACUUUUGUGAAGUCAGCUGGCAUUGAUUUUUACCCAUUGGGUGGUGAUCCUCGGGUUAUGGCUCAGUAUAUGACAAAAAACAAAGGGUUUUUCCUGGCGGCACCGACAGAGAUUGCCAUUCAAAGAAAGCAGCUUAAGGAAAUCAUCUUCUCACUUCUACCUGCAUGCACAGAACCUGAUUUGGAUACUGGAACACCUUUCAGAGCUCAGGCAAUAAUCGCGAAUCCUCCUGCUUAUGGUCAUCUACACAUAGCAGAAGCACUUGGAGCACCUCUGCAUAUCUUCUUCACUUUUCCAUGGACGCCAACUAAUGAAUUCCCACAUCCAUUGGCACGAAUGCCUCAAAGUGCAACUUAUAGGCUAUCGUAUCUUAUUCUGGAUUUAAUAGUUUGGUGGGGCUCCAGGGGAUUCAUAAAUGAUUUCAGGAAGAAAUUAAAUUUGCCCCCUAUUGCUUACUUCAGCACAUACCAUGGAUCUAUAUCACACUUACCUACUGGAUACAUGUGGAGCCCGCAACUUAUGCCAAAGCCAAAAGAUUGGGGUCCUCUAGUGGAUGUUGUGGGAUAUUGCUUCUUAAAUCUUGGAACAAAGUAUCAACCGCCACCACAACUGUCACAGUGGCUUCAACAGGGGCCCAAGCCAAUAUACAUUGGUUUUGGUAGCAUGCCUCUUGAUGAUGAGAAAAAAGUCACUGCUAUCAUUUUAGAUGCACUUAGAGAAACAGGACAAAGGGGAAUCAUUAGCCGUGGUUGGGGAGCUCUUGGAAGUUUUUCAGAAGUUCCAGUUGAUGUCUUCAUCUUGGAGGAUUGCCCUCACGAUUGGCUCUUCCCUCGGUGUGCUGCAGUGGUGCAUCAUGGUGGAGCAGGUACUACAGCAGCAGGGCUGAUAGCUGGGUGUCCUACUACUGUAGUGCCGUUUUUUGGAGACCAGUUCUUCUGGGGCGAGAGAGUUCAUGCACGAGGAGUGGGUCCUGCACCUAUAUCUAUCGCAGAACUUACUGUAGAAGCACUAUCAAAUGCAAUAAUAUUCAUGCUUGAUCCAGAGGUAAAAUCACGAACAAUGGAACUGGCGAUAGCAAUAGGCAAUGAGGAUGGUGUGGCAGCAGCUGUAGAUGCAUUUCAUCGUCACCUGCCUUCAGAAUUGCCGCUGUCGCCGCCCGCACAUGUGGAGGAAGAACGCACAGACUUCUUCCAAUGGUUUUCUCGAGGCCUGGAGAAGUGUUGUUUCCCAUUCAGUUUUUAGGUACGGCAGUCCGUACGCUAGGUAUAUGUAUGAUUUAUUCAUUUAUGAGUUGAAAAGGUAUAUCACAGUAAUUUUCUAAAAUUGGAAUAAAUGCUGGUAUAAGCCAAUGGUGAGGAUGCAAUAAAAAAGAUCGACGCAAUUGUAAAUGUUUGGGCAGCUACAAUUGUAUUCAGAAUUUGCUGGUAGGCCUGAAAUUUGUGCCCCGAUGUGCCUUCCAGUAUGAGUGUAGUAGCUACAGAACUGAGCGAUCACGACUGCAAAAAUGUGUUUAAUUUGCUCGUUUUUUCCAAAGAACUAUAGAAUAUACAAAGUGAAUUCAUAUUUUGCA